UGUGGAAGCAGCUGACCGCCUGCAGUGGGGUGGUGGGUAGGCUUUAGGAAUCAUCUACAGGGUCACUAGCUAAGCGUGAUGUGAGCGGUUCUCACAGUGUUUCCAUUAAAGGAAAAAACGACCACAUUUGCUUAAUCUAUAGGGAAUUGCGAAUGUUGUUUUGGUAGUAAUCCAAUCCAGUACAGUCCAGCUCGAUUCAUUUUCAAGUUGUAAACUGUACCUUUUUAAAAUUCUGUCACGCUCAGCGGAACCGGUCUUCUGAUUUGCCAAUGUAAUGCACUUUCCGGAAAGCAUGUCGCCACCACCUUGUGCCUUUCACAAGCAGUGACUCUGCGGCGUCACGCAGGUGCUUGAAGAAACAGAAUCAUGGACAUUUCUGCACGCAUUUCCUUCCCUGAUCAAGUUUAAAGAGUCGGCGCUCGUGGACGGACCCUCCCCCUCACCCCCCCCACCUGAGCGCUCAGGACCUGUGUGAAUCCCUGUGGUUUGUCACGCCGGUUCCUCCCGCAGCAUGUCAGGAAGCUUCACUCCGGCCCCUGGGGGCCCCUUUUCAGCAUUAACUCCCAGCAUGUGGCCUCAGGACCUACUGGCCAAGUACUACCAGAAGGACUCCCCGGAUGAACCGGAACCCCAGUACGAUGAGUUCGGUUUCCGGAUUGACAGCGAAGACGGCGUGGAGCUCCAGGAGGGCGUGGUCCGAGAGGGCGGGCCCCAGCGUGAGGACCCCCAGCAGAGGCUGCGCUGGCAGGCUCACCUGGAGUUCACCCACAACCACACGGUGGGGGACCUGACCUGGGACCUGAUCUCGCCCUGCCUGCCCCGCUCCGACCGGCUGAGGGCGCUGGUGCUGGGGGGCAUCCCGCACAGCAUGAGGCCGCAGCUGUGGAUGCGUCUGUCUGGCGCUCUGCAGAAGAAGCGCACGUCGGAGAUCUCCUACAGAGAGAUCAUUAAGAACAGCUCUAACGAUGACACCACCGCUGCUAAGCAGAUUGAGAAGGAUCUGCUGCGCACCAUGCCCACUAACGCGUGCUUCAGUAGCCUGCUCAGCGUUGGCGUUCCCAGGCUACGGCGGGUGUUGCGGGGGCUGGCGUGGCUCUACCCGGACAUCGGGUACUGCCAGGGCACCGGCAUGGUGGUGUCGUGCCUGCUGCUGUUUGUGGAGGAGGAGGACGCUCUGUGGAUGAUGUGCGCUCUGAUAGAGGACCUCCUGCCCCCGUCCUACUUCUCCUCCACCCUGCUGGGGGUGCAGACGGAUCAGCGGGUGCUCCGGCAGCUCAUCGUGCAGUACCUGCCCCGCCUGGACCGGCUGCUGCAGGAGCACGACAUCGAGCUGUCUCUCAUCACCCUGCACUGGUUCCUCACCUCCUUCGCCAGUGUUGUGGACAUCCGCGUGCUCCUGCGCAUCUGGGACCUGCUCUUCUACGAGGGCUCCGUGGUGCUCUUCCAGGUCACACUGGGCAUGCUCAAAUUCAAGGAGGAGGAGCUUGUGUCCUCAGAGAACUCGGCCUCCAUUUUCAACACGCUGUCGGACCUGCCCAGCCAGCUGCAGGACGGGGCGGUGGUGCUGGGGGAGGCGGUGCGUCUGGCGGGGUCGCUGUCCCAGGAGAACCUGGAGGCGCAGCGUCACAAGCACCUGGCCUACAUCCUGGCCGAGCAGGCGCAGCUCAACUCCAACAGCGCCCACACCCUCACCUCCAACCUCAACAAGGUUGUUCGCAGGCAGAGUCUGCGCAGGAAGUCCACUCUCAGCUCUCUGCUGUUUGGGGAGGACGAGGCCGAGGUGCUGAAGGCUAAAAACAUCAAGCAGACGGAGCUGGUGGCAGCGCUGAGACAGGCCAUCGCACGCACCGCCGAGCACUUCCACUGCCUGGACCCCCGCAACUGCAGCACUGACCUCACUCCGGACUACUCCAUGGAGAGCCAUCAGCGGGACCACGAGAAUUUCGUGGUGGUGUCGCGUAACCGCCGGCGACGGGCCAAGGCCCUGCUGGACUUCGAGCGCCACGACGACGACGAGCUGGGCUUCCGCAAGAACGACAUCAUCACGAUCAUUUCACAAAAGGACGAGCACUGCUGGGUGGGAGAGCUCAAUGGACUGCGAGGCUGGUUUCCGGCAAAGUUUGUGGAGAUCCUUGACGAGCGGAGCAAAGAGUACUCUUUGGCAGGGGAUGACUCUGUGACGGAGGCAGUCACAGACCUGGCGAGAGGGACGCUGUGCCCCGCCCUGAAGGCCAUCUUUCAGCACGGCCUCAAGAAGCCCUCAAUCCUGGGGGGACCGUGUCACCCCUGGCUCUUCAUCGAGGAGGCAGCCAGCAGGGAGGUGGAGCGGGACUUCAACUCGGUCUACUCCAGACUGGUGCUGUGCAAGACCUACAGGCUGGACGAGGACGGGAAAGUGCUGACUCCCGAGGAGCUUCUUUACAGAGCGGUGCAGUCUGUCAACAUGAGCCACGACACCGCGCACGCCCAGAUGGACGUCAAGUUCCGCUCGCUGGUCUGCGUGGGCCUGAAUGAGCAGGUGCUGCACCUGUGGCUGGAGGUGCUGUGCUCCAGCAUGGCGGCUGUGGAGAAGUGGUACCAGCCCUGGUCCUUCCUGCGCAGCCCCGGCUGGGUGCAGAUCAAGUGUGAGCUGAGGGUACUGUCCAAAUUUGCCUUCAGCCUCUCCCAGGACUGUGAACUGCCCGCGAAGAGCGAGGAGAAGGAACAGAGACCACUGAAAGAAGGCGUUCAGGACAUGCUGGUCAAACACCAUCUCUUCAGCUGGGACAUCGAUGGAUAGACACACACACUCUCUCUCUCACACAUGAACACACACAUGCACACACACACACACACGCACGCACGUGAACUGCCAAGACAUGUCAUGACCACACUAUCACAAACAUGCAAACACAGAGAAAUAUCAAUUUCAAAUAGACACCCUAACCUACACUGUACAAAGGACACCCCAGUACAAACACUAUGGAUCAUUGUGGCUGCCCUCCUUGCCUUGAAAUGCACCGUUUUUGUCUGCAUUGACUGAAGCCUUCAUCUCACUGAGAAACGGUCAGCCAAUGGAACGAUGCCCCCUGCUGGAGGCUAAAGGACACUGUUCACAGGCAAGACGAUGCCCCCGGUGUUCUGCAGAAUGGAGCGAUGCCCCCUGCUGGAGGCUAAAGGACACUGUUAACAGGCAAGACGAUGGCUCAACUGUUCCGCAGGAUGGAGCAGUGCCCCCUGCUGGAGGGUAACGGACUCUGCUCACAGGCAAAAAGACGGUUUAGAGGGCAGCCUGAAUAUGGACGGCUCCCCGCGGCGAUCUCCUGUUUGCGCUCAGCUCGUCAGGGUCCAGUCAUUUCUCAGUCUCCGUGUUGUUGUUUUUCUUUUCUUUUUUAAACUCAUUUUCAUUUUUAAAAUGGCUGUGCUGGCUGCUGUCGCGAGAUAUGCCAUGUGGGGGAAAAAAAAAAAAAAACCGUGAAGCAGUGAUUUGCUGCACUUCUCUUGGGAAUAGUAGUCAUUACUAUUUUGCAAAGUAUUCUGUACGUUCCGGUUUCCUCAAACAGAGGAGCAUCUUUGCCACCAGUUCAUUUAACUGCCAUUCCUCCGGAUCGACUCACAGUAUGGCCCGUUACAGCUGUUCUCCGAGAAUCACAGUUACUGUCCGUCAUUCUCCGGGUUAUCCUGCUGAGCCCAGGCAGGUGGCGAGAGGGGGUUCAGUGUUUGUGACUUCUUCGUAAAGCAGUGUAUUUGUGUCUGAGAGGCUGGACGCCGUUACCACUCGUACAGGUGCCGCUCAUUAACCAGUCAGUAAAAACAUUUUGUGGAUUUGCAAAGGCUGCCAUACGUACUCUUAAGUAACGGCCAAAUGUUUUGCCAAAAGAGCGCCUCUGUGUUUUUCUGUCAGAUUUGUACAUUUUGAUUUUUAGCCGGAUGCCGGCUCUUUGGCGAUGGGAGUGUACCACAUCCCUGAACGUACAGUCACAGCCUCCGUCAGGAUGGGAGGCGGAACGGACACACGAGCUUUCAUGGUCCUAGUGUUGCAUGGAAGUUCAUCUUCUGGUCCGGUUGAGAGGGGUUUAUUUUUGUCUGCUUAUGAAACAGCCUCGUAGGUGGAAGGAAGGAACAGGUAGGGAUGUGUGUAGUCAUUCAAACUUGAUCAUCUGUAAACUGAUGUUAAAAGUGAAGCUGCUUUGUGUUGAGGCUGGAUUCACAUGCGUAUAUGAAUUGUAAUGUACAAUACGGAAAAAGUCGUUUAGUGUCACAGAUCCCAGAAGAUUGAGAGAGAUUGGCAGGGUGGGGAAGCACUCUGCAGUUCCAGUAGAAUCUGCUGGUGCACCUUCCCUGUCCUAUGGUCCAUGGUAUGUGAGCAGUUUGACGAAUCAAAGCCUCUGCCCACCCCUACCCCCCCACCCCACCCCCUUUGCUCUGCUACGGUUGAAAGUGACCAAGAGAAACAAACAGGGCUUUCUGACAUAUCUACAGUAAGAAAAGAAUAAAGCUGUGUAUAUAUAUGUAAAGAUAUUUCUUGUCUUUUCUCAUUGUGCCGUCUGAUUAAAUAUUCUUUGAAGCACAGCAAAGGACAGCCAGUGGGAUGUCAACAAGAUCCCCGACUCUCACCUUUCCGCCAUUCUGAGACUCAUACGCUGACAGACUGGUAAGUGCUUCCAGUUGAGGUAUAAAUACAUUAACAGAGGGGGUGAUAUCAGGUCGGCGUUUACAUUUCUGAUGCAUUUUGCUGUGUUGUGCGAGUGUGUCGCAUUCACCUUUAGUUGUAGGCUACUCAAAAUUAACCAGCGGGUAAGUCAGCGGACAACGUUGCAAUUUUGGUGGGGGGGGGGUGUAAUGUAAUGGCCAAUAACAAAUACAAGCCUCAACCACUAGAACUUAAUAAACGCUUUAUUCAAAGGUUGAACAGCAACUUGAACCACUUAAAUGUAAUGCUAUUUCUUGUUUUAUUUUAUACAUACAUUGAACUCUGUGUUAUGUCUUCAAAAAAGAAAACCAUGCACUGUUGUAAUUUUAAAAAACCUACAGGGGGAAAACAUACAAUUGAAAAGGAGCUUAGAACACAGAUUUUAAAUAUUUUUUUAACAAUACUACCACCUUAACCCUGAUCUCCUCACUCUUUCCAUACAUGUUUAUAAUCCAGUGUCCAGAUAGCCAGUGUGUUUAACUUUUUUUUGUAUAGGAACUUAAAAUUUACCUAUGUUCCUCAUCCCAAACGUAAUGCAAACAUGGACGUGAUUGGCUUGUGCAUGUUACCUCAUUUUCAUUCAUCCAAUCACAGCAGAGCACAUACUGAAAAAGCAAAAGUGGAAAAAGCCCAUUCCUGUGAGCUGACCUGCCCUUUGGUACCACAAGCCAACUUUUAAGACAUCUGUGUUUUGGAAGUGACAUAUCUUUCAUUACCCAUGAUCUGGUACGGCUCACGUUCACCUACGCUCACUCUACUGGGAUUCUGGGCAAAUGCAUAGCGAAAUAAUAAAGGAAAAUGAAAACCCUCAAGCUAAUUAGCAAAUCCAGGUGAUUGGAACAAAAUCCUGGACAGGACUUUUACUUUCUGAAUAUGGAUUUUCCACCUCUGGAUUUAGGAGUAGCUAACGUUACCAGACCUGUUAGAAAUGUACCUUCUGAAUGAUGUGUGAUCUGUAAAAGUUUGGCUGAAUCUUCUUGACCCUCUACAAAGAACUGAGCUUAUGGAACCAAUUUGGCAAAAGGAGAAUUUCUCAGCACUACUGCUGAAAUCGAACCAGAAAGCACACCGAGUAUAGUCUACAACCUCACAAGGUACCUUCGGCUAGUCUUGCUUGUCUUAGCUACAGGGCGAAGGUGAGAAUUUAGUGUAGUCAACUUCCCAGGGUGCACCUCAACCCCCUCCUGUCAAGCACUGCUUUUAACCCCGAUGACCAGUCACUAGGGUCAGGCGUCGUCUGUAAUUAAACACGUUUGCUGGGUCCAGGGUGAGGGGGAGGCGGCUCGUUCCUGUGCUAUCCAGCGCUGCCGGCUGAUCCAUUACCGCCAAACGCUCCUGCGUUUCGUAGCACGACCGCGCGACCUAAACGAUGCCACCGUUGGCAAACCGUACGUAAGAAACACAAAUGAGACCGUGCUGAACUCAGCUGAACGCUUCCCUUUAUUCAAGUCUGUGCUUUUCUGCGUUUCCACUUUCAGAACGUCUUUCCACAAGAGUUUUAAGGUAACGGGCACCACUGAUUAUGGGACAGAGGGAGUUUAAUUCGGGGUGAAACGUUUCUGGUGAAAUGAGAUUACGUGCUUCUUCGUUUUUUUUUUGUUUGUUUUGUUUUGUUUUUGUUUU